UGGCUCGGCUUUUUGGGCAGAAGAACAAAUGAGCCAUUUGUUCUCCCCAGAGAGGGAAGGAGCUUCCCACUGACCUCGGAUAGCAGGAACAGAGCCGUGAUGUCGAGCUUAGAUUAUGGCCAGCUGCUGGGCUGAGCAUCUUGCCUGGGUCUUACCGGUGCGAAAUGCUUGGCCUGCCUGGCAGGCCAUCGGAAGUCUGGUCUCCUGCACUGGGGUCCGCCCUAGCAUGGCUACUCACAAGGGGCAUCAGCGAGGCAGAGUGUUCUUCAACCUUUUUCUUUUCCCUUAAAGCUAGGAUCUAUUGUAUGAAACAUUUUAUUUGGCCACCCAGUAUACAUCACACAAACUAUAUGUUCAAAACUUGAACAAUACUGAAUCUCUGCUACGUGCAGUCCACUUUCCCUUCCUCCUGCCCAUUCUGUUCUAGCCUACUGAAUUCCCUGCCUAUGAACCUGUAGUUUGCAAAACUCGGAUCUAGGGCAGGUCCCUCCCCCUGGACGUUUUGACCCAGCCAGCAGUUUAUCUGUAUUGUGAAGCAGGUAGGAGAGGCGGGUGGUGCAGACAUUUACGUUCUCUUCCUGCAAGGUUAAAGCCCUACUCUCCUAGGGCUGGCGAAAAUUCCAGUAGCAACUGGAGACUGGGAGGAGAGGCAGGGAACCCAGCCAGAAGCGAAUAAACACCAGCCUUCUUAAUGAAUUGUCCUCGCGCGUCUACUUUGUGCCAGGCACUGUGCUGGGCCUCAUUCCUUCUUCCGACCUCUUUUUGGGUGGAAGAACAAAUUAGCCAUAUUCACUCCCCAGAGAGGGAAAGAGCCUCCCGCUGUCUGACCUCAAAUACCACUGCCAGCGCCCUGAUCUUGAGCCUAGACUAUGGCCAGGCGCUGGCCUGAGCGUUUUGCCUGCACAUAUCCGUCCACCCUCACAAGGAACCUAAAAAGGACCGUGACCUCCCCCACUUUACAGUGCCCCUGAGGCGCCAAGCUGCCUGGGUCCACCGGAGGCCGCGCCAUGAAUGACCGAAACAGCCGGAGGAGGACACUGAAGAAAGACGAUGAGGCCUUCGAGAUCUCCAUCCCCUUCGAUGAGACGCCCCACCUAGACCCACAGAUCUUUUACAGUCUGAGCCCCUCUCGGGGAAACUUCGAGGAGUCUCCGGAUGCCGCAUCCCCAACCGUGGCCCUGAUGAAUGGUGUCAGGGCCCAGCUGCACAUGGCCCUGGAGAGAAACUCAUGGUUGCAGAAGCGCAUUGAGGACCUGGAGGAGGAGAGGGACUUCCUGCGGUGUCAGCUGGACAAGUUUAUCUCCUCAGCCCGCAUGGAUGCAGAGGACCACUGCCGGGUGAAGCCUGGGCCCAGGCGGGUUGAGGGGGACAGCCGGGGUGGGGCUGGGGGCGAGGCCUCAGAUCCGGAGUCAGCGGCCUCCUCACUCAGCGGAGCAUCUGAAGAAGGCAGUACCGUGGAGAGGAAGAGACAGAAGCAGAAGGGAGGUGCUGGCCGAAGGCGCUUUGGGAAGCCCAAGGCACGCGAGAGGCAGCGGGUGAAGGAUGCAGAUGGAGUCCUCUGCCGCUACAAGAAGAUCCUGGGCACCUUCCAGAAGCUGAAGAGCAUGUCUCGGGCCUUUGAGCACCACCGAGUAGAUCGCAACACGGUGGCGCUGACCACGCCCAUUGCGGAGCUGCUCAUCGUGGCCCCAGAGAAGCUGGCGGAGGUGGGCGAGUUCGACCCCUCUAAGGAGCGUCUGCUGGAGUACUCGCGCCGCUGCUUCCUGGCCCUGGACGACGAGACCCUCAAGAAGGUGCAGGCGCUCAAGAAGAGCAAGCUGCUGCUCCCCAUCACCUACCGCUUCAAGCGGUGAUCCUGCCCCACCUGGCCUGGGAUGCGCCCUUGGCCCCCACUUCCCUCCCUCCUGUGUCCCUCCUGGCACCGGGCAAGCGUGUGCAUGAGCGGCGUGCUCCUCCAGAGGCCCUGGGGUGUUUCUGCACGUGCCUCUCCUGCUCCUGCAGAUCCCCACUCCCACCCCAGGUCCCUCGUAUAUAGAUCCGGUCCCCUCCUUGCCUCUCACGUUCCUAGCAGCCUCCCCUUUCUCUGCAUCCCUUGGGGAGGGGCGUCCACUUAGCCUGGCUCCCAAGCGCCCAGGGUUAGGUUUCUGCCCUUUCCCAAACACUGGCACCCCUCCCACGCGAGCUGCACCGUCCUUCCCUCAACGGGCGCUUCCUCUGGGGGACACUGCGAGACUCUCUGCGGGGCCAGGCACUGUACAUACCCCGUCUUUACCCCCAGCCCCGAGGGGAGGCUGGCCCACUCUGCCAGGAGCUCUCCACCCGCAUUCCGGGCAAGAAAGAAUUAUUCAGAGAAUUUAAAUUAAAGAGAGACGAUAAAAUUUGGAA